CCAAAUCCUCCUAGCGAAUUCACCACAGCUUCUCACCACCGCUACCUUCGAUGGCACCCAAGGCGGACAAGAAGCCGGCGGCGAAGAAGCCUGCAGAGGAGCCCGCGACAGAGAAGGCGGAGAAGGCUCCGGCGGGGAAGAAGCCCAAGGCCGAGAAGCGCCUCCCGGCGGGCAAGUCCGCCGGUAAGGAGGGCGGCGAGGGCAAGAAGGGGAAAAAGAAAGCGAAGAAGUCCGUGGAGACCUACAAGAUCUACAUCUUCAAGGUGCUGAAGCAGGUGCACCCCGACAUCGGCAUCUCGUCCAAGGCCAUGUCCAUCAUGAACUCCUUCAUCAACGACAUCUUCGAGAAGCUCGCGGCCGAGUCCGCCAAGCUGGCGCGCUAUAACAAGAAGCCCACCGUCACCUCCCGCGAGAUCCAGACCUCGGUGCGCCUCGUCCUCCCCGGCGAGCUUGCCAAGCACGCCGUCUCCGAGGGCACCAAGGCCGUCACCAAGUUCACCUCUUCUUAAGGUUCAUAGUACUAGGCUGGGUGGUGUUGGUAGACGUGGCUCAAUUUAUCUGGUAGGGGUAGUGAUGGAUGAUAUGAUCUGCGUCUAUUUGAGCUGUUAAGACUGAUGAACAUUGUUCCACGUCACGUUGUGUUUGAUGGACAUUGUUCCAGAUCACGUUGUUAAGACUGCAGAACUGUGUCUGACAUGGAACAAGUAUGAUACUUG